GAUAACCUGUACCGCAGUAUCACUUUACCAAAAAUAAAUCGUCCACUAAAAGAAACUUGACGACAUUUUCCCUCGUCUUUUAUCCAAAAACUUAAACACAAAAAAAAGGGGAUAUGGGGGCAGGAAGAGGGGAGGAGAGAGACGAUAAAGAAGGAACAAUGGCGGCAGAUUUCUUCUGGUCAUACACAGAUGAACCUCAUGCUUCCAGAAGGCGGCAGAUCCUCUCUCAAUACCCUCAAAUUAAAGAGCUUUUUGGCCCUGAUCCUUGGGCUUUUGCUAAGAUUACAAUGGUUGUGUCCAUUCAGCUUGCAACCGCUACUCUACUUCAUGAUGCAAGCUUCCUUAAAAUACUAAUAGUAGCUUACUUUUUUGGAUCAUUCCUUAACCACAACCUUUUCUUGGCCGUCCAUGAGCUUAGCCAUAACCUCGCUUUCUCUACUCCAUCUUACAAUCGCUGGCUUGGAAUUCUCGCAAACCUACCUAUUGGUGUGCCGAUGUCUAUCACAUUCCAAAAAUAUCAUCUCGAGCAUCAUAGGUUUCAAGGUGUUGAUGGAAUGGACAUGGACAUUCCAAGCAAAGCCGAGGCUUAUAUGGUCCGAAAUGCCUUUACUAAAUCAAUAUGGGUUGUGUUACAACUCUUCUUCUAUGCUCUUCGUCCAUUAUUUCUCAAACCAAAGCCACCUUGUUUAUGGGAACUCACCAAUUUGACCAUCCAAGUAGCACUUGAUGCCUCCAUGGUUUACUUUUAUGGAUGGAGAUGUUUUGCUUAUUUGAUCGCGUCUACUUUUGUUGGGGGUGGGUUACAUCCAAUGGCAGGUCACUUCAUCUCCGAGCAUUAUGUCUUCAACCCUGAUCAAGAAACAUACUCUUAUUACGGUCCUUUGAACCUUCUAACAUGGCAUGUUGGUUACCACAACGAGCACCAUGACUUUCCGAGGAUUCCAGGAACAAAGCUUCACAAGGUGAGAGAAAUUGCACCUGAGUACUAUGAAGGUUUAGAGUCAUACAAAUCAUGGAGUCAGGUUAUUUAUAUGUAUAUAAUGGAUAGAACAGUCGGACCUUUUAGCCGGAUGAAGAGAAAACCCAAGAAAUCAGAGUAGAGAUUGAUUGAUUAUUUUUUAGUUCUAUUUCCUUGAUCUAUUAUCUCUUUCUCUAGCCAUUAGUUGAUGAAAUUUUCCCUCAAUUUUUGAGAUUUGUACCAUUUUUGAGGGAUUGGCAUAUGCUUUAGCUAUAGGCCACAGAGAGAGAAGGAUAUGCUGAUGUAUUCAUUCAUAACUUAUCUACUUAUUCUUUCAGCAUGA